CCGGGUGAAGGGCGGUAGGGGCGAGGCCUGUGUUUCCCUGCCCAGUCUUGGGGACCUUUCUUGGUCUGGGGCUGGUGGCUGAACUUCUUGUCCCUUAGGCUGCUGCGGUGUGUCAGGGUCCCGGGCGGAGGCUGACAGAGUGGAUGCAAGAUAGAGGACCUCGGGAAGGGCGGGGCUGGACAUGAGGAGGAGGCCGCGCCUUGGCCGGGACGCGUGGCUCACGCUGCUGCUGAGCGCCGCCCUCGGCCUCCUGCUUUACGCGCAGCGCGACGGGGCAGCCCCCACGACCAGAGCACCACCAGCGCGAGGACGACAGCCCCCACCUGGCCUCCGAACACCCCGAGGACGACAGCUCCCCAUCACUGCCCGCGCGCCCCCGCCGGCCUACGAGGACGACACCCCGGCGCCGCCCACACCUACGGGCCCCUUUGAUUUUGCCAGGUACCUGCGCGCCAAGGACCAACGGCGCUUCCCGCUGCUCAUUAACCAGCCGCGCAAAUGCCGCAGCGCCCCUGCACCUGGCGGCUCGCCCGACCUGCUCAUUGCUGUCAAGUCUGUGGCUGCCGACUUCGAAAGGCGGGAAGCCGUACGCCAGACUUGGGGCGCCGAGGGUCGCGUGCAGGGGGCACUGGUGCGCCGAGUGUUCUUGCUGGGUGUGCCCAGGGGCGCUGGCUCCAGCGGGGCCGGCACGGGGACGCACUGGCGCGCCCUGCUGGAGGCUGAGAGCCGAGCUUACGCAGACAUCCUGCUCUGGGCUUUCGAAGACACCUUUUUCAAUCUAACGCUCAAGGAGAUUCACUUUCUAGCCUGGGCCUCAGCAUUCUGUCCAGACGUACGCUUCGUUUUUAAGGGCGAUGCGGACGUGUUCGUGCACGUGAGGAACCUCCUGCAGUUCCUGGAGCCGCGGGAUCCAGCGCGGGACCUUCUUGCGGGUGAUGUGAUUGUUCAGGCAAGGCCAAUCCGGGCGAGAGCCAGCAAGUACUUCAUCCCCGAAGCUGUGUAUGGGCUGCCAGAGUACCCAGCCUACGCAGGAGGUGGUGGCUUUGUUCUUUCUGGAGCCACGCUCCGACGCCUAGCAGAGGCCUGCUCACAAGUUGAGCUCUUUCCCAUAGACGACGUCUUUCUGGGCAUGUGUUUGCAGCGCUUGAGGCUCACACCUGAGCCUCAUCCAGCGUUUCGCACCUUUGGCAUCUCCCAGCCUUCAGCUGCACCGCAUCUUCGCACCUUCGACCCCUGUUUCUACCGAGAACUGGUGGUAGUGCAUGGGCUGUCAGCUGCUGACAUCUGGCUUAUGUGGCGCCUGCUGCAUGGGCCUCAGGAUCCAGUCUGUGCACACCCACAGCCUGUAGCAACAGGUCCCUUCCAAUGGAACUCUUAGCGAUGUCUUGGUAGCAAGCCUUUCUCACCCAGCUACAGGACAGAACCCAAAGGGGUUUUCCCAUGUGGAUUAAUGGAGCA